AUGCACCCUGGGCCGGGGGUGAACUCCACGGUUGAUGGUAUGCGCGAUGCCACGUCAUUGGACCCGGCUCUGUCAAUUGAAGAUGAUAUGAAGGAUCUCGAGAGCAUUGCAUAUUCGUCCGCAAACGCCCUGCGUGGUCUAGGCGGGAGACCUCAAGACCACAAAAACGGUCCCCUCGAGGCUGAAGGAGCACUGUGUAAGACAGAUCCAUUGCCGACGGCUCCAGAAAAAGAGGACAUGGAAGUCGAUGAAAACAGGAAUGAAGUACCUUCGCAUUCAAUAAGAUUUCCGGAGACUGGCAUAUCCCGAAAGUACUUCCCAGGCGGGGGUAGAAUCAUAUUCCGCAACCGCGAAGAGGUUAUACGAGUGUCGUCACAGGCGAAGGGAGCGGCAGAUCACUCGCCCAUCUCACUGCAGUAUUAG